CCCCUCCUACCCCUCCUCCUCCUUCUCACUUCACCUACAUCUUCUUCCUCUGUCAGCGCUAAACCUGACCUUGCUUCUGACAAUAACAUCCUCCCCGACAAUAUCCCAACUUAUUCAGCCAUGUCUGUUGGAACCUACUCUCUUCCGGCGCUGCCGUACGCCUACGAUGCCCUUGAGCCUAGCAUCUCUGCUCAAAUCAUGGAACUUCACCACUCAAAGCAUCAUCAAGCCUACGUAACAAACCUCAACGUCGCCCUCAAGAACUACGCCACCGCUACUUCAUCCAGCGACAUCGCCGGCCAGAUCGCCCUUCAGUCCGCCAUCAAGUUCAACGGCGGCGGCCACAUCAACCAUUCUCUCUUCUGGGAGAAUCUCUGUCCCUCCAGCUCUCCAGACUCCAAGCCCGACAGCGCCCCCACGCUCGGUGCUGAAAUCUCAAAGACGUGGGGCAGCAUCGAGGCUUUCCAGGAGACCUUCAAGAAGACUCUGCUGGGUCUGCAGGGCAGCGGCUGGGGAUGGCUGGUCAAGGACACGCAGGGCUUGCGUAUCGUUACCACCAAGGACCAGGACCCUGUCGUGGGAGGGGAGGUGCCCAUUUUUGGCGUCGAUAUGUGGGAGCAUGCCUACUACCUGCAGUACCUGAACGGAAAGGCUGCCUAUGUUGACAACAUCUGGAAUGUCAUCAACUGGAAGACCGCCGAGGCUCGCUUCACUGGCUCCCGUGAGGACGCAUUCAAGGUCCUCCGAGCUUCUAUCUAGCUGGAGUUGACAUGGUGAAGUGUUUAGCGACUGCCGUUGGCCCCCCUAGUGGGUAGUAGAAAAGUUGGCCUCCCAAGUCUUAGGACAUAAAAAUAAACAGUCUAAGAAGCCUCGUCUUAGUAGCAUGUGUUGAACUACUGAUUUCGUCUCUUAUGCUUCCAGCGGCCAAUUGUUGUGAUACUCUUGAGGACCACCGCACCACACUAUCUCAUUUGUUUCUGGGAUGACACAAUUUUUUUUAAAUUUUUUUUUUUAAAAAACAAAAACACUCAAUCUC